AUGAAGAAUGUAAACGUAUCCGAAUGUGUUGAGAAGUGCCGAGAAAAUCCUCUCUGUCGGUCUUUUGAGUUUAAGAAAGGGGCACGGAAAUGCGACUUGAGUAAUGUGACACACCAUACGCACGCCCUUCGUCCCAGCAAAUGGGGGUGGGAUAUUUACAUCUUCAACCCAGAUUACAAGCCUAUAAACUGCGGAAAGCCGCCAGAAAUGGAAUAUGCGUUUGUGAAAUUCACUCGUACAGAUUAUUUGGCUGAUGCAACGUACACAUGUCAAACAGGAGAAACCUAUACGUUAGUGUGUAAAGAAAACAGCAAAUGGAAUCAUCCAAAUUGGGUUUGUAAGAAACCUUUGGAUUGUGGUCAGCCGCCUCUUUUGGGCUUCGCCGGAGUGGAUUAUAAAGAAACAAGUUUCAAUUCGACGGCAACGUACAAAUGUCUGAUGGGUGAAAAAUACAAAGUUGUGUGCAAAGAAGAUGGAAAAUGGUCAAAACCUAGUGGUCUUUGUCGAAAUCCUCGGUCUUGUAAAGAAUUUAAAAAAUGUGGCAAACAUGUCCGCGACGGAGAAUAUUGGAUAUACCCAACAAUUUUGAAUGGAGAAAGGCUUAAAGUCUUCUGUGUAGGAAUGUCUACCAAUCAGCCCAAAGAAUACAUCACUUUGAAGAAAGAAAACUUUGCUUUUUCUUCACCAUUGAAAGCGAUCGGUAUUUUCUGCCUGACAAUGGUUUUGGAUAUAAGCGACUUCAAAUAUGUCAGUUUGAUAGAUGGAUAUGGUAGGUUCAAACAUGAUUUUGCUACGGCUGAGGAUUGUCUGUUCAGGUCCGACAAUAGAUGCAACAGCCAAGGGGCCUUCAAAGUCGAUUUAAAAGGCACGGGACUCGCCAUUGACAAAUCAGUUAAAUGGAAGACUUACGGCGAUUAUUCGCGUAUCCAGUCCAUUAAACGAAGUGAAAAUGACCAAAAAGUUCAUGGCGUCUGUGGUGGUACAUGUGGCGGUUGUCGGCCCAACGGACCUCUAAAAGUGAACAUCUUUAACGACGAUCAACCCAAUACAAUCAGUGCUGAAUUUUGCCAGGAACUGUAG